AUGUCAAAACAUGUUUCUCGUCCUCACCACACCCUCGAAACAAGGGCCAAAUUCAUUGGUGCCAUGUUGAAUGAAUUCAACAUCAAGAAGCAUGCGAGACAAUUUGACAUCCCGUACUCGACAGCCAAGAAACUCUGGCGGAAGUACCAGGAGACCGGUUCCGUGAAAGACAGACCUAAGCAGCACCCAAAGCUCAAGGUCACACCUGACAUGGAGCGUGCAAUCGAGCAGACUGCGCGCGACAACCGGCGCAUGCCAUUCAGGGACAUCGGCAACCAAAUGGAUCCUCCCGUGAGCGAGAGGACAGUCGGAAGGGUGCUCGAUGGCGUGGGAAUGCAUCGACGGGUUGCCAGGCACGUCCCAUACUUCUCUGAACCUACCCGAGAGAAGCGGUUGGCCUGGGCGGAGCGUAACAGCAGGAACACCGCCCGUCAAUGGAACCGCAUUGUCUGGUCAGAUGAAUGUUACGUGCAUUUGAAUGGCAAUCAGGGCCGGAUUUUUGUCACACGCACCUCAGAGGAGGCCGACAUUGAGGAAUGCCUGGUUCCAGCCUUCAAGCAGUCCUCGGUACGCGUCAUGGUUUGGGGAUGCAUUGCGCAUGGGUGGAAGGGCCCGCUGGUGGUUUUGGAAUAUCCGGGUGGCCAGAAGGGUGGGAUGACAGCCGACCGCUAUCAGAAGCAGAUCCUGGAGACUGUCCUCUUUGAGGCCUUGGACUCGGUAAAGCAGAUGCGAGGCGGGCGCGAUCAAAUUCGGUUCCAGCAAGACGGUGCAUCAUGUCACACUGCCAAGUCAACCUGUGCAUGGCUCAAGAAGCAUCGCGUGCGCGUUUUUGACCAUCCACCCACCUCUCCCGAUGUCAGCCCCAUAGAACCCGUCUGGCACGAGCUGAAGAAGCGCGUUCGAGCACGCGAUCCUCUUCCGACAUUGUUCAAAACACUCAAAACGGCCAUUUUGGAAGAGUGGGAAAAUAUGCCCAUUUCGGAUAUUGAAAAGUCACCUCAGUUACCACCGCCAUCACCCGGUUGCACCCCCGCGGGGGUCCUCCUGGGUACCCUCAGACGUAGCUCUGAGGGUACCUAA